GAGUUGAUGGGAUCUCCAGCGGCUAGAAAAUCUGUUGCUUGAUAGGAAAACUCGGAACCUAACAUCAUCUUGGUGGUAAAGCUUCCAAAGCUCCACUUUAUAUCAAUGUACCUGACAACUUUGGUUCCAAAUCCUUUUUUUGAACGACCUUUGGUUCCAAAUCCAAUAUUGGACUAAAAAACGAGUGAUAAUCUGUUUGAUUGGUUUGUCUGUGUUGUAGGAAUGGGUGGGAUGGAAAAAGUGAAGAAGAAUGGCAAGAUUGAUAUAUAUAUAUAUAUAUAUAUAUAUAUGUGUGUAUGUGUGUGUAACUCUGUGAUUAUUUAUGGCUUUAUAUGUUUUGUCUUUGCAAAAGAAGUUGUUUGAGUAGCAAGAAUAAAUAUCUAUUACUAUAAAAAUGAACAAGACUCUCUUCUCAGCUCUCCACGUCACUAAAUAGGUAAACAACAGAGUGACACGUGUCUUUUCUAUGGACUAGAUUUCUUGCGUUUUGUUUGAUUCAAAAUAAAUGGGAUUCUAAUCCAGCCAAAAAGAGAGAAACUGAUGUUUCUUCGUCGAAGACUCAAAGUCGGAAUAGGGUUUGUCUUUUACAUCGAUCUCUGAUGAUCUACGCCAGCAAUGGCGUUUGGGAUGGCGAGUGAGACGAAUCGUCAUGUAUAAUCUAUGUGUGAAUCUUUGAUUUCUUCUACGUUUCUAAUCCUCCGAAACAUUACGAGGCAUUGAUUCAUGCCUUUAACAAUCGUCUUAACUCCAUUAACCCACUCUUUCCUUGAUAUCACAUUCAUGUUCCUUUUCCUUCCACUCGGUUAAUCUGGAGCUAUAAAUAGAGUACAAUUUUGAACUUCUCUCUCCUCCUUGCUGAUUGAAAAACGGCCGCUGUAUCACCACCGUAGAAGUGCGUCUGCUGGAUUUUUGGGAGGCCAGUAAUGUGAAGAGAGGCGGCUACUGCUCCUCGAGCUAGGGUAAGUCUCGAGCCCUAACUUCUUCUUUGUUCUGUCUUGCCGACAAAAAAAAUCUUCAAACGUAACAGAGGGAAUCUGAAUCGAAUCGUCGUCUUCAAGUGUAAUUUUCGGCUUUAAAAAGGUAAGUCCUAUCCCCAAAUUUCAUCAGUUCUCUCCUCUCAGACGAUUUCCAGAAAUCCAGAGUUAAACUCUGAUCAAAAUUUUAGUUUAUGGGAGAUGAUUUCGAUUUUGAUUUUGUUUGUGGAAGUUUAACUUUGUUCAUGUAUUGAUUAUCAAUUUUUAAAUCAAAAGCUUUGUUUAAGGGCGAUGAUUUAGAUUUAGAUUUUAUUGGUUGAUUUUGUUUCAAUUUUUUCUUUUAUUGAUUAUCAAAAUUUUAAUUCAAAAUCUUUCGUUUGUGGGCGAAAAUUUUCCAAAAGUUCCCGUUUAUGGGAGAUAAAUUUGAUCUGAAGAAACUCAUGGGAGUCACCAUGCUUGAUGCUGUUAGUAGAGCUAAUACUUUUGUGGCGGAAGUAAUGAGUCAUAAUCCUCGAGAAGUUGUUGUUCCUGUUGUUGGAGGACAUGCAAGAGUUACAAUCUUGCCUCUGCUUUCUCAGGUGAAACUUCCUUGCUCUUUCACUCAAAAAGAGAUUGAGUACCUCACAGACCGUAUGGAGAAUGGUGGCAUUGAAGUUGUCAAGGCGAAAUAUGGUGCAGGUUCUGCGACACUAUCCAUGGUAGAUCUUUAUUUGAAGUUUGCAGAUGCUUGCCUCAAGGGUCUACGAGGUGAUGCAAGCAUUGUCGAGUGUACAUUUGUGGCAACUCAUGUGACUGAGCUUCCCUUCUUCGCAUCAAAGGUGCGUCUAGGAAGAUGUGGGGUCGAUGAAGUGUACGGUCUUGGACCAUUGAAUAAAUACGAGAGGAUGGGACUGGAGAAAGCAAAGAAAGAGCUUGAGGGAGUACUGCGAAAGGUGUUAGCUUUGUGUAGAAGUAAAGACAGUUGAUAAACACUUAGUUUUAUCUUUUGAAUAGUGAUUUGUUUGGAAUAAGAACAAUGCCUUGCAAUUAAAGCUUGAUUUUGAAGAUUUAAUAAACUGCAAUCACUCUGUUCUUAGAUACAAGAACGUUUAUGAGUUCAUAUUUAUCUU